AAAAGAGGGAGGCUAAUAGCGGACGGACCACGUUGAGGACGCGAGCACUUGCGCAUGCGUACACCUGUCAAAACACCGCUACAAUAGCGGUCGCUGCACGAGGAUAUUCAAGAAAAACAAUGCAUUUUCGAGCGCGCAGUAGCCUCAGUUCAAACUCAGUGUGACGGUUCAGUGUGUGUGAGCGGAGGAUGGACAGCGUUGUAAUGUCAACCUCGGAUGGGACAUCUGAGUGUCCCCUGGGGUCUGAGGACAUGGAGGGGAUCUGCGUUAUGCCGGAUUUGAGUGCCAUCAAGACUGAGCAGUCGACGGGAGAUGACCCAGGCACCCAAAAUGUGGCCAUGGGCAUCAAAUUCAUCCUGCCCAACCGCUUUGACAUGAACGUGUGCUCGAGAUUUGUCAAGUCGCUGAACGAGGAGGACAGCAAGAACAUCCAGGACCAGGUCAACUCUGAUCUAGAGGUGGCUUCUGUUUUGUUUAAAGCUGAGUGCAAUAUCCAGACUUCACCUUCUCCUGGAAUACAAGUGCGCCAUGUUUACACGCCUUCCACAACCAAACAUUUCUCCCCCAUCAAACAGUCCACCACACUCACUAAUAAGCACCGUGGCAAUGAAGUCUCCUCCACGCCUCUUUUGGUGCAUUCCUUGUCCAUUCAUCAGCUGGCGGCCCAGGGUGAAAUGGUGUUUCUGGCCAGCAGGAUUGAACAAGAAACUGUGAUCAAUCUCCAAGAUGAGGAAGGUUUCACCCCCCUGAUGUGGGCAGCUGCACAUGGACAAAUCGCUGUCGUCGAGUUUCUGCUCCAAAAUGGUGCUGAUCCAAACCUCCUGGCCAAAGGGAGGGAAAGUGCAUUGUCCUUGGCCUGCAGUAAGGGAUACACUGAUAUUGUGAAGAUGCUCAUCGACUGCGGUGUUGAUGUGAAUGAGUAUGAUUGGAAUGGAGGAGCCCCUCUGCUGUAUGCUGUUCACGGGAAUCAUGUACGCUGCGUGGAAAUCUUGUUAGAAAGCGGUGCCGAUCCUACUAUUGAGUCGGAUUCUGGAUUCAAUGCAAUGGACAUGGCCGUGGCUAUGGGCCACCGGAAUGUUCAACAGGUGAUGGAGGCACACUUACUGAAGUUACUGAUGGGAAUCAGAGAAUAAACUGUAAUACUUGAGGAAGACAAAUACCGAAGGCACACCGCUGGGCUCUGGACAAUCCUGCAGCUCGCCCAGGCUGUCGCCCGACAGGAAUCUUCAGUUCCAUUAAGUGACAUUUCAGCAGCAUCGCAUCGUAUCAACAUCAUGUUGUUGGAACGAUGCACAUGAAGGUUUGUGCUGUGUGAAUUUUCAAUUUUAACCCUCUUUCAAACUAUUUUACUCUGCACUUUUUUUCACUUUGAAUGUGGAGCAGCAAAUCGGAUCUAAAUAUGCUGAUUUCUAAAGAACAGAGAAGUCGAGUUCUUCUCUACAACCCAGCAUGCAUUGCACUCCACCUGUAGUCAGCUGCCAAAUGUGCAGUGCAGUGUAGAUGGAAUGAUAGACUUAGCUUUAACCAAGCAUGGAGGUUUUGUUUUGAACCUUUUAAUAUUGCAUAUUGGAUUACAUGCCAUCAGUGGCUGUUGGGUCAUUUGUCCCAUCAUGACAAAUGUUUUUUAAACCAUCAUAAAAAGACAUUUUUAAGAGUUGAGUAUUAAUGUUAUACGUUGAAUUGCACAGACUGUGCUUUUAUGAUGCUGCCAAGCCGUUUGUUGAUCCUGAAGAUCUUUGUGUUGCUUGUUGUUUUUAUUUAUUUGAAUAUUUUUAAAAUUGUGUCGUGAUAAAAUCUUCAUAUUAAUGUAAAUCUGUUUUGUUUUUUCUGUAUUGUGAUACUAAUGUGCUUUUGCCUCACACCUCAGUGUCCCACAAUAUUCUUGUGGUGCUGUUUGCCACUGUUUAAGGGUGCUCGUGUUUUAUACCAGUCAGAUUGUAAGUGGUGUAUCACAAAAUAACAUGUAAUGACCUCAGUGUCAGUCUUCAUUCUGUACAGAUAUUUAUCUGAUUGCAAGUCAAAAGGGUCAUAUUACUGUUUAUAGACACUGAAAUGGAAGCUGUUAUUUAAUUAAAAGAUCUUUUUAAACCUCA